CGAUGCCUUACAUACCCCUUGCCUCCCAUAAACCUGCGCAGCGGCCGAUAGUGAUUUAUAACUUCUAUACAUCGACGAAAUUGCGACAUAAAAGGCCUCAUUGUGCGGAGCGUGUAUCCGAGUGGCUAACUAUAGCUGACAAAUCUGCAGCUGGGGCCAGUGCACAGAUGUCUAGCGGAGACCGACGGAUAUCUGUCUCGUUGCAUAGCUGGAAAUUGUUGUUGCGCUUGCGCCCACUACGCCACGCAGUACUUGGUUCAGUACACUAAGCCCAUGUCCUAUCAGCUGACAAACCUGGACGGAAAUGUCGAUGGCGACUACACGGUCGACGUCAUGUGCACUCUCUCGUCCGUCGACCUGUUCUCAACCACCUCGACCAAUCUCCAGGGUCAAUAUGCAUGGACGGACACGCUGAAGGGUGUCCACUACGGCCCGGGGUCGCUCACCACUGCUCUGCCAAAGCUUCUGAAGACUCUCGGGGCGUCCAAGGCCCUCGUCGUCACCGGCAGGAGUCUAUACGACAAGACGGAUGUCGUGAAGAAGGUCGAGGGCGUGCUGAAGCAACACAAUGCGUACGCGGCGACGUUCUACGAGAUCGGACAGCACUCGCCUGUCGCUGGCAUCCACGACGGGCUGAAGGUGUUCAAGGAGUCGGGCGCGGACGUCAUCGUCUCCGUCGGCGGAGGAUCGCCCGUCGACGCGUCCAAGGCGAUCCUGUACUUCCUCCAGCAGGAGACGGGCGGAGAGUAUUUGCGCCAGAUCGCGAUAGGCGCAGGGUACACGAAUGAAGAGGGGAAGAAAGUCGCGGUCAGCUCACCGCAGCUCGCACCGGCUGGUAUCAUCCUCGACGCGGAGCUCACACUCGCUACCCCAGAACGCCUCUGGCUGUCCACCGGGAUGCGCGCAGUGGAUCAUGCAGUAGAGAACCUAUACAGACCACUCAUCCCCCCACCCGUCAAGUACCUUGCUAUGCUGCGCUCGUCGACCUCUUCAAGUACCUCCCGCCUCGAAGGCGAACCCUCAGGCGUGGAUAACCGCUACGAUAGCGCGCUCGGGUUGUCUCAUGCGCUCGGCCAUAAACUAGGAGCGACGUACAGUAUCCCGCAUGGGAUUACUUCCAGGAUGUCAGUGCUGACGCUAGCACCAACCGUUGCGCUCAAAGCUGAGGUCGCUUCCGAGGACGACAAGGAGUGGCUGUCCAACACGCUCUGGUACCUCGCGCAAGACAAGACAGGUUCUCUGGACGGCGACGUGCUCAAGCUAUCGAAGCUCAUUGACAAUCUUGUGAGCGAUCUGGGGCUGAAGUCGACACUGUCUGAAUACAACGUCCCGCGCGAGGAUCUUCCGAAGAUUGCAGAGCUCUCGGUGGGCAGCAAAGACGAUCCGACGUAUCCGAAAGUCGUCAAGCUUCUCGAGGGGCUCUAUGCUUAUCCCUCGACCAUAUAGCUGUACUCAGUAGUGGUAAAAGGAGAUCGUCGGCAUUCUUCACCUACCAUGUAUUAUUCUCGAAUUGUAGGAUUAUUGAAUUAUGGACGAAUAGACGCGACGCUAUAGGGCGAA